AUGCAACAAAGUCUCAUUCCUGGACACAACAAUAAUCGCCACCUCACUGUUGAGGAGAUUGAAAACAACAUUGGGGGCCUAGCGAUUACGGAUAACAAGCUCCAAGAACUGUUCGACUCACUGGACGUGGAGCGCACUGGCUAUCUACCCAUUGGGGAAGUAAAGAAAUUCUACAAAGGACUCGAGCAUUAUGGCCUUGAACCAACUGACGCUGAGAUAGAGAGCGAAAUGAAGAAGUUUGCGAAGAGCGACGAAAAUUUCAUGUCGUACGAUGAGUUUUGCUGCCUCAUGCUCAGCUUUGCUCAGCGAUAA